AUGGCUGCAGCUGUAGCGACCGCAGGUGCGGUUGGUGGGACUGGCAGCUCUGCUGCGUCGCAGCCCCCACGCACAAUCGAGACGUUGCACGAAGACAUGAUUGUAAGUCUUGACAGUGAAUGCAGCAUCUAAAGAUUCAGCAGGUCGAUUUGGCACGAGGCCAUCGCGCAAAGCGAAAGCCUGCGGUCCUCAGUAUCCUGCUGUACUGGUCAUCUACUGUUGCGCUAGCUGACUCUCUUUGGUUUCGCUUGGCUCCCUCGUUUGCCUCAGCACGACGCUCAGCUAGACUAUUACGGGAGGAAGCUGGCUACAUGCUCAAGCGAUCGAACUGUCAGAGUGUUUGAUGUGGUGGAGGGAAGCGCCAGCGGCCAAGGAGAGACGCUCAGGGGGUGAGUCAUGGAGCGAUUGAAUCUCCCUGGACUUGCCGGCGCGUCUGUAGGAAGUGAGCUGCUACGUCUUGCCGAGGGCGACGACAGCAGGGCAUUGCGAACAGGCAUCUGAGGCGUGUCCUGGAGAAGAGGACACAAGUCAAGAGCGCGUGGUCGCGAGCGUCGUUCUCGUCUAGCUAAAUUGUUGGCCAGUCGCCGUUGGCAGGCUUAUGGAGCCUAGCUGACCACUCAUCUCUUCCUUCGCCAGCCACGAAGGCCCAGUCUGGCAGGUCGCAUGGGCUCACCCUAAAUUUGGGCCUAUUCUUGCAUCGGCCUCCUACGAUGGCAAAGUAAUAAUCUGGAAGAACGACGGGACGGCUCCAGCGGCGAAUACGGGAGGGUAUGGCGCGUAUGGACAGGCUCCGCCAUCGAGCAGCGGCGGUUGGCAAAAGAUUAAAGAGCACGCUCUUCAUGGCGCAAGCGGUGAGCUCGAAGAACUCUUUCGGCUCGAUAGAGGGUCCUAUCGCUGAUACGAGUAGCUCUGCUGCGUGCCUCUUCAGUCAAUUCAAUUGCUUGGGCCCCACAUGAGCUUGGCGCGAUUCUAGCCUGCGCUUCUUCUGAUGGCAAUGUCUCCGUUCUGACCUUCAAUGGUUAGUGCAGAGUCGGGCGAAGGGCUGUGACUUACGUGCCUCCCACUCACGGCUUCCCCUUUUCCUUUUCAGAUGAUGGAACUUGGGCAGUCGACAUGGUAGCGGCACAUCCCAUCGGUGCCAAUGCCGUGUCCUGGGCGCCAGCAGCCGUUCCUGGCUCGCUCAUCUCCAGUCAACAGCCCGCCGCUGCUGCUGGAGGCGCGACAGCGGACGUGCCCAAGGUCAGGCGUUUUGCUAGCGGUGGCUGCGAUAACAGCGUCAAGAUUUGGGAAUUAUCGUGAGUGGAUUGGGGAAGAAUGGAGGGCUUGGCCACGCCACGCCACAGGCUCCACAAUUGCUGAUCUUUGCUCCAUGACUCUACUUGACCAGUGCCGAGCAAGGUCGAUGGACCGAGGCAGAGGUGCUGACUGGACACACGGAUUGGGUACGAGAUGUGGCCUUCUCGCCCAACAUCGGCUUGCCUCGUUCAUACCUGGCCACGGCCUCCCAAGACCGCACGGUGCUCAUCUGGACGCAAGACAAUCCUUCUUCGGCUUGGACCAAGACGCAGCUCACUGCCCAACCUUUUCCCGGUGCCGUCUGGAGAGUAUCGUGGUCUGUCACUGGACAAGUGCUGGCUGUCAGUGCCGAUGAUGGCGUUGUCAGACUCUUCAAGGAGAGCUUGAAGGGCGCUUGGGAAGAGGUUAGCGUGCUCGAUUCGUAA